AUGAUGAACUGCGGUCUUCUCUCAGAGAAAAAUGUGUCUGUGCCUCUGAAGAGCAUCUCAGUGGAGGUUCUGGUUCAGGAUCAUGUAGCCACAGUCUCCUCCACUCUGCAGUAUGUGAAUGAGGAAGAGCGCCCCCUGGAGGCCUUGUUCGUCUUCCCUCUGCCUGCUGAUGCUGCUGUCUGCCACUUCAGUGCCAAGAUCGGAGAGCAGGAGAUUGUGGCAGAGGUGCAGGACAGAGAAACCGCGAGGGAUCGGUAUGAUGACGCUGUGAGUUCGGGUCAGCAGGCGUUUCUGUUGGAAGAGAGUGCAGAGAGUCCUGAUGUGUUCAGACUGAGUGUCGGGUGUCUGUCGGCGGGUCAGAAUGCUGCCGUCACCAUCAUCUACGUCACCGAGCUCGCUGUGCAGGCCAACCACUCGCUGCGCUUCUGUCUGCCGGCUGUACUCAGCCCCCGAUACACACCAGCAGGUUCAGCUGCUGGUAUAGUCUCAGAGAUUUCAUCAGGAGCUGUUCCCUACACGCUGACUCUCAGUGUUCAUGUGAGCUCUCCAAAGCCCAUCUCCAAACUAGAGUCCAACUGCACUCUGGGUCCUCUAGUGUUCCUCCACUCUGAUCACACUCAGGCUACGAUCAGGCAGUAUGGAAGACAUUAUGAAUCGAGGGAAAGGAGCACAAAUGUAGAAAGUACAAAGGACACUCUGCUGUUAGUGUUGAAGAGUCUGCCCAUGGGAUGCUACUUCAAUAUCUAUGGAUUUGGCUCUGAUUUUGAGUCCUUCUUCCCUCAGAGUGUUGAGUACAAUCAGGACACAAUGGAUCAGGCUCUGAAGAGAGUGAAGGAAAUGCAAGCAGACAUGGGCGGCACAGAGAUAUUACAGCCUCUAAAACACAUCUACAGUCAGCCCUGUUACCCCGAUCACCCCAGACAGGUGGGAAACACUAAAGAGGUGCUGGAUCUGGUGAAAAGUCACGCUCACUCUCACAGGUGUUUCUCAUUGGGGAUUGGUGAGGGUGCGAGUGCCGCCCUCAUCACAGGAAUGGCCAGGGAGGGAUCUGGUCACGCUCAGUUCAUCACAGACACCGACCGCAUGCAGCCCAAAGUGAUGCAGUCGCUCAGGUUUGCGCUGCAGCCCGCUGUGCUUAAUAUCUCUAUGGAUUGGACCCUUCCAGAUGAUGUUACUGUUGACGCACUGUCUCCACCCAUCAAUGUGCUCUUCCAGGGUCAAAGGACACUCAUUUAUAGUUCAGGAGGCUCUGUGGGAACAGUGACCGUCAAAUACAGUCUUAAAGAUCAACCAGUAACAAACCAGCUCCACUUCUGCCUGAAACCAACUGAGGAAACACAGUUGUCUAUUCACCGGCUGGUGGCUCGGACCCUGAUCCGUUCUCUGGAGCAGAAGGAGAGGUCAGGUGCGGCAGAUGUUGAGGGCAUCAGGAGCAGGAUCGUGGAGCUCAGUGUUCAGGCAGGAGUGAGCAGUGUUCAUACAGCCUUUAUUGCUGUGAAUAAAGACAGCAGACAGACUGUGAAAGGACCGCUGGUGAAGAGAAGAGUACGGACAUGCGAGCGCAGUAUGCUAAUGUAUAGGUCAAUGAGGGAUGCACAAACUGCUCAGCCAGAGACCUCUAAGGUUGUCAAGUUUGACGUCACGGUGGAGCACUCUGCGGAGGUGGCACAUGUUUGUGGCGUGAGCCGCCUGCCACAUGAUCUGCCGUGUUUUCUCCUCGUCGAGGCUUCCACCGUGACGCCUGAUGAACUCCACAAGAUUCUCACAGGGAGAGGGACAUUCGAGGACCAUGACAAAGUGGUCAGGGUGGUCCGUCCAGUCCAGCAGCCUUAUUAUUUCUGGCACACUGUGACCUUUGUUGACCAGGAUGCUGCUCCUGAGCUUCAGAAGGACCCGUUACUGCAGCUGGUUUCUCUGCAAAAGGCGUCAGGCUGCUGGGAUCUGGACGCCACACUGGCUGAUGUGUUUGGGAAGACGGAGGAUGAGCUGACCAAUCAGAAACCAGCACAGGUGGAUGGGUCAGUAUGGGCCACUCUCCUGGCUCUGAUCUGGUUAUACGGCUGUAAAAUAGAGCAGCAGGUGGAGUGGCAGUUUGUGGCCAUGAAGGCAGCGUCAUGGAUCGGUUCUCAGAAAGUGGGAGAUCUGUCUCAGUGUGUGUGUGUGGGGAAUGUCCUGCUCGGAUGUCAGGUGACCAAAGAGACUCUGGGAAUCUGA